AUGGAUGGAAUCAAUUUGGAUGGUUUCAUCUAUGAUUGUUCACCAAAUGGUAUACGAUCAAUUUAUUGUUCUGUAAUUGGUGAAGUUUGCUUAGAUGAAACAACGGAAGUAAUUAGCAGAAGUAGAAAGCCUAAUAUUGGAAUGUGGUGCAAGUUUAAGCCAUUCUGCCAGGAAAAUGGAAAAUGGUUUGCCCGAAAGAUUGUAUUAAUGGCACAUCCACGAUUGAAAUGCCUUAUUAGAGAGAACGAAUGUAUUGUUAAAGGAACAGCAGUUGUAUGCAAUGUAAGCGAUUGUUCUGGUUACCUGUGGAAUGACUAUAUCGGAUUAAUUGCCGUCGAAGGACAAAUGGUAAAUCAACUGAAACCGCUAACUGCUGUUGAAUUUCAGGCAUUACCACUCAGGAAAAGCGGUACAUCAGUGUACUUUAUGGCUAAGGAAAUAAGUGUUGAAUCGGAAAGUGUAUUUCAAUCUGAAGUGCUAAUUUUCACGCAAAAAGCCGAGGUAAAAGCAGAUGGUCGAGUCUAUGUGUCGGAUUGUGCUAUUACUUUACUGGAUAUAGCAUAUUCUGCUGAGCCGAUUAUCGGUACAACAAUAUCGAUUCUUUAUUACAGAGCAUACAAUGAUUAUGCUUCUGGCAUUGGUAUUUAUGCAACUACUGAUAGUAAUACUGUUGCUGGAAUCAGAGACGAUUUCUUUACAACUAAACGAUGUUUCGAAUUAUGUGCUGAAUGUACAGAAGUUGAACAGUUCAGUAAUGCUUGUGAAGAUCUGAAUACAGUAUCUGACCAAUCACUAGUUAUCGACGAUGAAAUACCCACUAUAAAAAUUGAUAUUUCGGGGUCACCAAUCAGGAACAUUACCGAAUUUGCGGAAAGCAACGAAAAUAAUCAUUCGACGAAUGCUUCGAAAAUGCUUGUUUCAUUAUCGAAUGAUAGCAACUGUUCGAUGAAUCAAAAUUUCCAGCCACUCAAUUCUAUCGUUUUGGACAAUGAGUUGAAUUCUAGUGACAAAUUUCCUCUCAACUCAUUUGCUGAAAAGGUUAAAGUAGCAGAGUGGGUGAAGGUUUGCUUGACAUGUAGCAAAUAA